GGGGGAGAGGCAACAACCACUCGUUACGUGUAUCCCAAGCCAGUUAUUAAAAACGUCUCGACGCGAGCGGUGUGCCGCCCUGUAAUUAUCCAGUUGAAUGUUCUUACGCUACGUUGUCAACACCGGAAAUGCAAUACGUGGAUCCGCCCGCGCAACAGAUGAUGAACGUAAUGAGCGGCUACGGUUGCGGCUACGGGCGCAGUGACGCGCUGUCACCCGCCUCCGACUUGUCCUCAUGCAGCAGCGCUUCCUCGGGCGCGUGGUGCGGCGCCCCCUGGCGGGAAUUGCCGCCUUAUCCACAGUACUCGCCGUACUGGCCCGCGGCGACCGCCCCGGAGGACGCCCGCGAGUUGCAGCGCCGCUGCGCGAAGUGCCGCUGCCCGAACUGCCUCACCGAAGCGGCAGGCUUCGGCCCCAACUUCGGCAAGGACGGUGCGAAACGAGAACACGUCUGUCAUGUGCCCGGUUGUGGAAAAGUUUACGGAAAAACGUCACACUUAAAGGCCCAUCUUCGUUGGCACACCGGCGAGCGACCUUUUGUCUGCAACUGGCUGUUCUGCGGAAAAAGAUUCACUCGCUCAGAUGAGCUGCAGCGACACCUCCGCACUCACACCGGAGAGAAGCGAUUCGCUUGUCAAUUGUGCACUAAACGUUUCAUGCGCUCCGACCACCUCGCGAAACAUGUGAAGACUCACGCUAACGUUACGAGGAAAUCGAAGAAAGCUAAAGAAGACGACGCGAAAGCGGACUCCCCGAAACCGAGCGAUGAAAAAGUAGAGAAGCAACCCAACGAGACAGUUGUUCCAGCUGUGUCAAUCGGAAGUUCGCAUUACGGCACGGUGCCAGCGGUGACUGCGCCUAAACAGAUGUUGAACUACGGCACAGUAGCUCCGCAAGUGAUGCAGGGUACUCCGGCUACUUACAACAAUAACGCCGUGUUUACAAGCGGCAGCGUUAUGUACGGAAGCGGUUGGUGUCCGGAGAUGCGUCAAGAGUCUUACUACGCCCGUCCGCCAGCUAGAGACCCUCGGCUCUACCAGCAGUAUACACCGCUCACAGCCUACCAGUGCGGUUCUAAGGAUAACAGUUACGCCAUGUUCCAAGGACAUUACAACUUACAGCCGCCGGUGGCCAUUGGACAAUAAAUUGAACAGUGUUGUGUGUUUUGUGCCUUAAUUAAAACAAUGAAACGUGAGCCGUACCAUUCGUUAGUAUUACGUAUACGUAAGUGUUAAUUUUAAGUUACCAGGAAUUAAAAUGUGAUGCCUUGACAGAGUGUAUAUUUUUUACUUUUUAAAUAAAACUUUUA